AUGCGGCCGACUAUGUUCUGGUCCGCUAUUACUACACUCGUUACUGUUUCACUCGUUUCUGCAUCUUCAGUUCAUAGGCGACAUUGUCACAAUAAUAUUGGUAAAUGUAAUUUCCAUCCAUCUAAAAGUCCCAAGUGUUGGGGCGACCACUCAUUAGCCACGAACUGGUACGACGAGAUACCAGAUACUGGUGUCACAAGAGAAUACUGGCUUCAAAUUCAGAACGGUACGGCGGCGGUCGAUGGAGUUGAACGCAUUGUCCUGACGGUUAAUGGAUCGGUGCCGGGACCUACAAUCACUGCGGAUUGGGGAGACAAUGUCAUCGUACAUGUACACAAUGCACUACAGAAUAAUGGCACCAGUAUCCAUUGGCAUGGUUUAAGGCAGAAUUAUACGACACAAAAUGAUGGCGUAGCUUCCGUCACCCAAUGCCCGGUAGCGCCAGGAGAUUCUAUCACGUACAAAUUCCGGGCCGAACAAUAUGGACACAGUUGGUACCAUAGUCACUUUGCGACACAGGCCUGGAAUGGAGUUUUUGGUGGCAUCGUUAUUCAUGGGCCAUGCUCAGCGCCCUAUGACGAGGAUAAGGGUGUCCUCUUCCUCAAUGACUGGUUCCAUAACACAACCGAUGCCCUAUGGAGCACAGCUUCGGCUGGUAACCCACCGGUGGCGCAGAACGGCCUAAUAAAUGGAACGAAUAUCUAUGGCAGUGGAGGCAAGAGGUUUGAAACUAUAUUCACAGGUGGCAAGCGACACAGAAUACGGUUGGUUAACGGUGCCAUCGACACUCAUUACAAGUUCAUGAUCGACAACCAUAAGAUGAAAGUUAUCGCGGCGGACUUGGUUCCAAUCGAACCUUACACAACAGAAGUUCUAAGCAUUGGCAUAGGACAGCGGUAUGAUAUCAUCGUCGAGGCAGACCAGGAGCCCGGCGACUUCUGGCUGCGCGCAUACCCAGACACGGCCUGCAGCGCCGACAACGAGAUGGCGGACAACAUCAGGGGCAUCGUACGAUACGACCCUUCCUCCAACCGCACACCAACCUCCACCCCAUACCCCUACACAGAGGACUGCCACGACGAGCCAAUGUCCAAACUAGUCCCCUACGUACCCCUCGACGUAGCCAGCCCCACCACGCAGAAAGACUUCAACCUCAGCUACGCCAUCAGCACGAGCGGGAUGUUCAAAUGGACGCUCGACGGCACAGACCUACUCACGAACUGGGGCAUUCCCACGCUGCAGCAAAGCCUCCUCGACACCAGCGUCUUCAAAACCUCCAGCAACGUCGUGCAGCUGGGCGAGCGGAACGCCUGGGUGUAUUUCGUGAUCGAGAACGGGGCAGCGGCGCUCGGGCUGACGCACCCGAUCCACCUGCACGGGCACGACUUCUUCGUGCUGGCGCAGCAGGCGGGCGCGACGUACGACGCGGCGACGACGCCGCUGCAACUGAAAAACCCGCCGCGGCGCGACGUCGCCAUGCUGCCCGCGAACGGGUUCCUGGUGAUCGGCUUCGUGACGGAUAACCCGGGCGUCUGGCUCAUGCACUGCCAUAUCGGCUGGCACGCCUCGCAGGGCUUCGGGCUCCAGAUCGUGGAGCGCGAGGCGGAGAUCCCGCCGCUGUGCGAUGCGGGGAGUAUUGACGGGACGUGUGCGAGGUGGCGGAGAUAUGUGGCGGCGAAGGGGGUUCUGCAGGAUGAUUCGGGGAUAUGA